AGAUGUAUAAUACUGCUCAUAUGAGAUGGCAACGAUGGGUAAUCAGUGGGAAGAUCUGCGUAGACAAGCCAGACAACUAGAGAAUGACAUUGAUCUCAAACUUGUGUCAUUCAGCAAGCUAGGAACAACUUUUGGAACUCGAGACUACAAGAACGAAGACCUUGAUACAGUUCCUUUAUUAAGCAGUACUAACAGUGACCAUAUGUUUGACUCAAUGGCCCUAGAUAUUGAACAACUAUUAUCCAAACUGUCAGACAUAAAUGAUAAGAUGUCAGACUAUGCUCAGACCCAAGGGGUCAGCAUGCCAAAUUCCACCUUGCUCCAUACUCAGCAAAGACACCGAGAAAUUCUGCAGGACUACUGUCAUGAGUUUCAGAAGACAAAGACAAACAUACAAGCUCGUAGGGAGAGGGAAGAACUGCUGGGAUCCGUUCGAAGAGAUAUUGAUUCAUACAAGAAUUCAUCCAGCCUCAAUAGAAGAGCAGAUGUUUAUGUUAAAGAACACGAACACAUCAGAAGCUCAGAUAGAAUGGUGGAUGAACAGAUAAGUAUUGCUAUGAGGACAAAGGAUGAACUUCGAAGCCAAAGAAAUGCAUUUAAGUCAAUUCAGACUAAAAUAACAACAUUUGCAAAUCGAUUCCCUAUGAUCAAUAGCUUGGUGCAGAGAAUCAACCUGCGCAAACGACGAGAUUCCAUUAUCUUGGGUUCCGUGAUUGGAGUGUGUACUAUUCUUCUAAUCUUGUAUGUGACACAUUGAUUCAUAUUUCAUGGAUGAAAGUUAGUUGUUGUUGUUUUUUCUUUCAGGGAAAACUUUUGUAGCUUCAUUCAUGUAAUUUGGUUUUAACCUUUACAGUGUGAAUGAAAGGAACUGUGGUAUUGUUGCACUGAUAUCUAAGUGUUUGUGACCAAAAGAAACCUGUCAGAUUUUGUUUUGUUGCACUGCUGUUAAUUAUACAAUAUCAGCUCGUUGUCACGUGACCACUUUAACACGGAAAGGUUACAGAAUGUGCCUUAUGAGGUAAAAUCAUGAGUGAGUUCUUUCCAUUUUCAAAUAUAGUAAAGGAAAAUACAAUAAAUUUUAAAUUUAAUAUAUGGGACAUAAAUACUGAAAACAAGCGAUUUUUAUGUAUUUUGUAAAAAAAUAAUAAAAUUAUUGAAAGAUUUUCAAAGAAUUAGAAACUUGUUUCUAAAGAAGAAAGGAUGUGAAAAUUUAAUAUACACAAUGUUCUGAAGAGUUUGUAAAAAUAUAUUUAUUAUGUGUGUGCUGGUGUUAGCUUCUAGUCUUAAUCAAAUUUGCUCGUGGGCAUCAGUAACAGCACUUACACAUCCUUAAAAAUUAGAAAAGCUUCUUCCAAUACUGGGAAAAAAAAAGUCCCUUCUUGUGAUUAUGAUUAAAUUGCUUAUGAAGAAUGAAAUGAAAGUCGUUCUGGGGAAAAGUUCUCUAGAUUGAACUUGUUAAUAAUUGCAGCUGUUUUUAUGACUAGAAGGAUGGGUAUACUAAGUUAUAAAUCAAGAUAACUUGACAUGUGAAAUUACUACAAAAUUAUUUUAUUUAGUUUCUGUUUGUGACAUUGACAGACAUGUUAGUUUUUAGGCAGCAGCGAGAUGUCAUUAGUGUACAAAUGUCUUUUUGUCAGUCUUUGCUGUUAUCGUUAUAAAAUGUAGAAAAGACUUGAAAAUUAGUUUAAUGUAUGAUUAAUAAAGUAACUCUCUAAAAUUUUAUUGCUAGAGAAGGUCUCUCUCUCGGGCCAGUGCCAGUUCAGCAAAAUCAAUUCUAACAUUCAUCCCUCUUACAGUCUUGUUUAACAUUAAAUCUAGUUGGUGUUUACUCAUUUCGAUGUGAGAUCAUAUGAUUUAAGUCCACCUCUGUCCUGGGUUAAUAUGUUAAAACUUUGGAUGUGAGAACAGAUUUACAAAUUUUUUAACCAUUUUUAUCGUAAGUAACUGCAUUAGUCACCAGAUGGAGAUGCUAAAAUGAUUUCUUUAGCAACAGUAGUUUAUAUUCACACUCUCACCUCUUCUUUCUAGUUUAACUUGAGCAAUAGCACAGAAGUUCACAGCUAGCUUUU